AGCAAUUAUUAUCUAGAAAGGGGUUUAAGUGAGUAAACACUGGAGAGUAAUUCUCUCCCGGAAAAUCACCUCUAGAAAGGGGUUUAAGUGAGUAAACACUGGAGAGUAAUUCGCUCCCGGAAAAUCACCUCUAGAAAGGGGUUUAAGUGAGUAAACACUGGAGAGUAAUUCUCUCCCGGAAAAUCACCUCUAGAAAGGGGUCUAGGUGAGUAAACACUGGAGAGUGGUCUCUCCCGGAAAAUCACUGCGUGAAAUUGUAAUCACUGAAGAGUAAGUUUUUUCUAAAAUUACUGACGGAAUUGUACCCGCCUGUAGAUAAUGGGAAAUAAGGGAAGUAGCGCUCCCCGUCCCAAAUGGGACAUGGAAAGUGGACUGUCGGUCAGAGAUGAAACCGAAUUAAUUAGAACUUAUGGUAGAGAAUGGAUAAAAACUAUGCCUCUGAUACAAAAAUAUGGGGAAUUAAGUUUUAGUGUGACAAAAAAUAGAGAACUAAGAGACAAAAUCCUCCAGAAAGAUCGUUCUAAGAAUAAAGGUAGAAUGUUAACAGCAAUGGAUAUGUUCAUUAGAGAAUCUGAAGUAAGAUUGAAUAAGCAGUGUUCUAAAAUAAUGCCUUUUAGUGACUCUUCUUCUUCUUCUUCCUCCUAUGAUGUACGUGACCUGAGUGGACCUGAUAAUGCAGGUUGCACUCCCAGUCUCCUUCACACCCAAACCCUCCUCGAAGAUGACCAACCACCUCCUAUGCCGGCAUCACCCCCAUACGAUGAACAACAAAUUGGAGCAGUCGGAGGAGUCCCAGUGCUGCCAGCCGCGCCGAAAUCGGAAGCCGACUCAGUACCCCCUGCCGUUCUCUACGACGACGCCGUGGCUGCGCUGGACUCCCAUGUGCAGCAAUAUGGACAGAAACUCCCUCUGACACCUAACUCGCUGGGGAGAGGCGCCCUCAGAGGCAGAGGCAGAGGCAGAGGUAGAGUUGAGAAAAGGGUGUUGACAGAGGGUGACGAAUAUGAAGAAGUUGAUAUGGAGGAGAAUGAUACCUACGCGUCAAAGCUGCGCAGCGGGAAGGCAAAAGAAAACUCCCCCAUCUUCACGGGGCCCUACGUGCAGGUCAUGGGUACAAACGGACCCGUAUUCGUACAUCGCCCGUGGUCCCGACCAGAACUUCAGAAAGUAUCUGAACAUCUGCCCAGAGUGACAAGUGGAGGAGAAAUGAUGGCUGACGCAUAUUUGGACUUUUGCAAAGAAUGUAGUCCGACUGCUGCAGAACUGCGAGCCAUUUUUACCAUACACAAUGGAGCCAGUGCUGCUCGAAAGUUGGAUGGGAAGUGGAUGACUGAAGUGGCACGGGAAAGUUCCACAUGGGCGGACGCCGGCGCUUACGAAACUGCUGUGGCGACUUUUUGCAACCACCUUCGUACAGUCUUUACCACCAGACCCGAUCCGGGAAAACUUUAUGCCUGCAAACAAGACGGAGAGACAGUGAGUAAUUUCCUGGCAAGACUGGAAAAAGACUGCAAAACUGCCCAAUAAUGACCCCAAUCCAGCAUACAGCAUGCACUUAGCCAUGUAUUUUAUGAGAAAUUUGGACACGGAACUGUCUAAACCCAUCAAAGCCACACUUAUCGGGUGGAGUACAGCCACAUUGGAGGAAGUGGUGAGACAUGCAGAACACCACGAGGAGAGACUUAAACAAGAACGCCUCAAAAAGAACAAGAAGGCGCAAGAUCUGAAUCUUACCCUCAUGCAAUGCACACUCAACGAUCGACAACAACACGAUCGGGCCCCACAACCAUCAUCGUUCAGUGCACCGUAUGACGGUUUCGGCAAUAGUGGAAGGGGUCGCGGUAGAAGCAGAGGACGGGGACGAGGAAAAAAACGCUGGAAUCAGCGUGGAUGUCACAACUGUGGUUCAAUGGACCACUGGAAAGACCAAUGCCCGGAGUUAAAAGGGCAAAAACCUCAUGCAGACUGAAAUGGGUUGAACUCCGGGGAGGGGGCCGGUGGAGAGGAGACUGAAGUAGGUUCUUUUAUGCUCUGUCGCAAUGAAGAAUGCUUGGCUGAGGUGACAGCAGCCAGAGGGGAUCGGAGUGGAAACGACGGAGAGCAGCACAGUAUCCGACCGGGUGAUUGGGUAGUGAUAAAGGACCAUCGUCGGAAAACGUGGAAGUCAGAAAGGUGGAACGGGCCAUUCCAGGUCCUUC